GCUGUUGUGCGUAUGGAUGAACGCAGGGAAGAGCAAAUUGUGCAGCUGUUGAACACUGUCCAAAGUAAAAAUGAAAAGGAGCAAGAAGCCAUGUCCUGGUGGUCUGGGGAUGAAGAAGGACCUACUCCAGAACAGCCUGCAAAAGUGAAACCAGAUGUUGAAAAAGCUCCUGUAAGACAGAGACCAGUCUUGGAAAAAACAUUUCUUGAUCGGGAUGUAGAAUAUCUCUUUGAAAAAAAUGAGCAGGAUACUGAUUUAGAUGAGCAACUUAAAGAAGACUUAAGAAAGAAGAAAUCUGAUCCUAGAUAUAUUGAAAUGCAGAGAUUCCGAGAGAAACUCCCUUCAUAUGGGAUGAGACAGGAACUUGUAAACCUUAUAAACAAUAAUCGAGUAACUGUGAUAAGUGGUGAAACUGGUUGUGGAAAGACAACCCAAGUUACACAGUUCAUCUUGGAUGAUUACAUAGAGCGAGGGAAAGGGUCUACUUGCAGGAUUGUUUGUACUCAGCCUAGGAGGAUCAGUGCUAUCUCGGUGGCUGAGAGAGUUGCUGCUGAAAGGGCAGAAGCAUGUGGUAAUGGCAAGAGUACAGGAUACCAAAUUCGUCUACAGAGUCGGUUACCAAGGAAACAAGGUUCAAUUUUAUACUGUACCACAGGAAUUGUCCUACAGUGGCUCCAGUCAGAUAAGCACUUGUCCAGCAUUAGUCAUGUAGUCCUUGAUGAAAUUCAUGAAAGAAAUCUUCAGUCAGAUGUUUUAAUGAGCAUUAUUAAAGAUCUUUUGAAUAUUCGUUUGGAUCUGAAAGUAAUACUAAUGAGUGCUACUUUAAAUGCAGAGAAGUUUUCAGAGUAUUUUGAUAAUUGUCCAAUGAUUCACAUACCUGGGUUCACUUUCCCUGUGGUGGAGUAUCUUCUCGAAGAUGUAAUUGAGAAAUUGAGGUAUACUCCAGAAAACACAGACCGUCGGCCACGGUGGAAGAAGGGCUUCAUGCAAGGACAUGUAAGCAGACCAGAAAAGGAAGAAAAAGAGGAAAUCUACAGGGAACGAUGGCCAGACUACUUAAGGCAGCUGCGGGGCAGGUAUUCAGCAAGUACUAUAGAUGCCUUGGAAAUGAUGGAUGAUGACAAGGUUGACCUUGACCUUAUAGCAGCACUUAUCAGACACAUCGUUUUGGAAGAAGAGGAUGGUGCAAUUCUAGUGUUUCUUCCAGGCUGGGACAACAUUAGCACUUUGCAUGAUCUCUUGAUGUCGCAAGUCAUGUUUAAGUCAGAUAGGUUUAUUAUCAUACCUUUACAUUCAUUGAUGCCUACUGUUAACCAGACUCAGGUUUUUAAGAAGACCCCGCCAGGAGUAAGGAAAAUCGUGAUUGCUACCAACAUUGCAGAGACUAGCAUUACAAUAGAUGACGUCGUGUUCGUUAUAGAUGGUGGAAAAAUAAAGGAAACUCACUUUGACACACAGAACAACAUCAGCACAAUGGCAGCGGAGUGGGUUAGUAAAGCUAAUGCCAAGCAGAGGAAAGGUCGAGCAGGAAGAGUUCAGCCAGGCCACUGUUACCAUCUAUACAAUGGAUUACGUGCCAGCCUUCUAGAUGAUUAUCAGUUACCAGAGAUCUUGAGGACACCUUUGGAAGAACUCUGUUUACAAAUCAAGAUUCUAAAGCUUGGUGGAAUCGCUUAUUUUCUGAGCAAACUAAUGGAUCCACCGUCUCGUGAUGCUGUAAUGUUGGCCAUAAAUCAUCUAAUGGAGCUGAAUGCUUUGGACAGACAAGAAGAACUGACUCCACUAGGUGUCCAUUUAGCACGAUUACCAGUUGAACCGCAUAUUGGAAAAAUGAUCCUCUUUGGAGCUUUAUUCUGCUGCUUGGAUCCAGUACUAACAAUUGCAGCUAGCCUCAGCUUCAAAGACCCCUUUGUCAUUCCUCUGGGCAAAGAGAAAGUAGCAGAUGCAAGAAGAAAGGAACUGUCAAAGAACACUAAAAGUGAUCAUCUGACUGUGGUGAAUGCUUUCACGGGCUGGGAAGAGACUCGGCGUCGUGGUUUCAAAACUGAGAAGGACUAUUGCUGGGAAUAUUUCCUUUCUUCAAAUACACUGCAGAUGCUGCAUAACAUGAAAGGACAGUUUGCUGAGCAUCUACUUGCAGCUGGAUUUGUGAAUAGCAGAGACCCCAAGGAUCCCAAAUCUAAUACUAACUCGGAUAAUGAGAAGUUGCUCAAAGCAGUCAUCUGUGCUGGUUUAUAUCCAAAAGUUGCAAAGAUCCGGCCAAGCUUCAGCAAAAAGAGAAAAAUGGUGAAAGUUUGCACCAAGACAGAUGGGACGGUUAAUAUUCAUCCUAAAUCGGUUAAUGUGGAAGAAACAGAGUUCCAUUAUAACUGGCUUGUGUACCAUUUGAAGAUGAGAACUAGCAGUAUUUACUUGUAUGAUUGUACAGAGGUCUCUCCAUACUGUCUCCUGUUCUUCGGAGGAGAUAUAUCCAUUCAGAAGGAUAAAGAUCAGGAUACCAUCGCUGUGGAUGAAUGGAUUGUUUUCCAGUCUCCGGCAAGAAUAGCACACUUAGUUAAGAAUUUAAGACAAGAACUCGAUGAUCUUCUGCAAGAAAAAAUAGAAAACCCACAUCCCGUGGACUGGAAUGAUACUACAUCGAGGGAUACAGCAGUACUGACAGCUAUUAUAGACUUAAUCACAACACAGGAGAAUGAAAGUGCCAGAAACUAUGCUCCACGAUUCCAGAGUGAACGCUAUAGUUGA